AUGGCCACCUUCUCUCUCCUCCACUCCUCGGCCACUUGCUUCCUUUCCCACUCCGAAACCUCACUUAAACCUCACUCCGCCGCAUCAUUCACCGUACGUUGCUCCUCUCCAGCCUCUCCCAUCCCCGUUGCUCCGUCGCAGAACCACCGUCGUCCCGCCGAUGAGAGCAUCCGCGACGAGGCUCGUCGCCGUCCUCAGCUCCAGAACCUAUCCGCCCGCUACGUCCCCUUCGACGCUCCGCCGUCGUCCACCGAGUCCUACUCCCUCGACGAGAUCGUCUACCGCUCGCAAUCCGGCGGCCUCCUCGACGUGCAGCACGAUCUCGCCGCCCUGAAACGCUACGACGGAGAAUUCUGGCGCAGCCUCUUCGACUCCCGCGUCGGAAAAACCCACUGGCCGUACGGAUCCGGCGUCUGGUCGAAGAAAGAGUGGGUCCUCCCCGAGAUCGACGACGACGACAUCGUCUCCGCCUUCGAAGGCAACACGAACCUCUUCUGGGCAGAGCGAUUCGGGAAACAGCACCUCCAGAUGAACGAUCUCUGGGUGAAACACUGCGGGAUCAGCCACACCGGAUCGUUCAAAGAUCUAGGCAUGACCGUUCUCGUUUCUCAAGUGAAUCGCCUCCGGAAAAUGAACAAACCGGUCGUCGGAGUCGGAUGCGCUUCCACCGGAGACACCUCCGCCGCUCUCUCCGCUUACUGCGCUUCCGCCGGAAUCCCCUCCAUCGUCUUCCUCCCGGCGGACAAAAUCUCCAUGGCGCAGCUCGUCCAGCCGAUCGCCAACGGAGCUUUCGUCCUCAGCAUCGACACCGAUUUCGACGGAUGCAUGGAUCUGAUCCGAGAAGUCACCGCGGAGCUUCCGAUCUACUUAGCAAACUCUCUCAACAGCCUCCGCCUCGAGGGGCAAAAGACGGCGGCGAUUGAAAUCCUCCAGCAAUUCAAUUGGGAAGUUCCCGAUUGGGUCAUCGUUCCCGGAGGAAAUCUCGGCAACAUCUACGCCUUCUACAAAGGAUUUCAAAUGUGUAGAGAGUUAGGUCUCGUCGAUCGAAUCCCGAGGCUUGUUUGCGCUCAAGCCGCAAACGCGAAUCCGCUCUACUUGCACUACAAAUCUGGCUAUAAAGAUUUUAACGCGUUGAAAGCGAGCACGACGUUUGCGUCCGCGAUUCAGAUCGGCGAUCCGGUUUCGAUCGAUAGAGCUGUGUACGCGUUGAAGAGAUCUGACGGGAUCGUGGAGGAAGCUACGGAGGAGGAGCUGAUGGAUGCGACGGCGCUUGCGGAUUCGACUGGAAUGUUUAUUUGCCCGCAUACGGGUGUUGCGUUGACGGCUCUGAUGAAGCUUAGGAAGUCCGGGGUUAUUGAGGCUAAUGAUCGGACGGUUGUGGUGAGUACGGCUCAUGGGUUGAAGUUUACGCAGAGUAAGAUUGAUUAUCAUUCGAAGAAUAUAAAAGAGAUGGCUUGUAUAUUGGCGAAUCCGCCGGUGAGAGUUAAGGCAGAGUUUGGUUCUGUUAUGGAUGUGCUUAAAGAGUAUCUCAAGAACAAUGAAUCUAAGUGUUGA